ACCGCUUGUGUUUACAUACCGUUCAUGAACCUGCGUAUCAACAGUGUAAAGUUGAUGUCUAGCUCGUACCUGGCAUGAGGAAAUAAACCUAUUUGCGUUCUUAUUAUUAGUAUAAUUACAGAUAUUAGUCAUUGCUAUCGCGUUAGAUGGUGCGAUGACUCUGUGGUGUCGUAUAUCUGUGAAUUAUGUACUUUUUUAGUCGGAUAAGUUAAUAGUGUUAGCAACAGGUGUGGAGAUAAACAAGUGGGUUUGUUAGCUAGCACUAAGCUAGCACUAAGCUAGCACUAAGCUAGCACUAAGCUAGCACUAAGCUAGCACUAAGCUAGCACUAAGCUAGCACUAAGCUAGCACUAAGCUAGCACUAAGCUAGCACUAAGCUAGCACUAAGCUAGCACUAAGCUAGCACUAAGCUAGCACUAAGCUAGCACUAAGCUAGGACUAAGCUAGCACUAAGCUAGCACUAAGCUAGCACUUAGCUAGCACUUAGCUAGCACUUAGCUAGCACUUAGCUAGCACCAAGUCCUGUUAAUGAUGUUUUAAAUAGUAUUAUUAAAACCUAACUAUUAAUAUGUAAUAAACACACUAGAACUUAAAAGAACUAGACACUAGGAGAUGUACAAGCUGACAGUCACUGAGAAAUGAUGCUUUUUUCCUCUCAUGCCUUAAAAAACUAGAUUAAUUAAACUUUCUUUAAACUCGCCUGUGGUAGUAAAAAGCUCUGAAAAUGGCAAGUGUUCUGGGAUUAAAGAUGAGCCUGAAUUCCUUAAGAAGGAAACAACCGAAGACUUUCAGUGUCAGGAUUUUGUCCAUGGAUGCAGACCUGGAGUUCAGCUGUGAGGUGAAGUGGAAAGGGAAGACUCUGUUCGAGCUGGUAUGCAGAACGUUGGGGCUCCGUGAAACGUGGUUCUUCGGCUUGCAGUACAUCAUCAAAGACACGGUGGCCUGGCUGAAGAUGGAUAAGAAGGUUUUAGACCAAGACGUUCCUAAACAGGAACCCAUCGUGUUCAACUUCCUGGCAAAGUUUUACCCAGAAAACGCCGAGGAGGAGCUCGUCCAGGACAUCACACAGCACCUCUUUUUUCUACAGGUCAAGAAGCAGAUUCUGGAAGAGGAGGUGUACUGUCCUCCUGAAGCCUCAGUGCUGCUCGCCUCAUACGCUGUACAAGCAAAGUACGGAGAUUACGACCACAACGUCCACAAACCAGGCUUCCUGGCCCAAGAAGAGCUCCUACCUAAAAGGGUGAUUAAUCUCUACCAGAUGACUGCUGAAAUGUGGGAGGACAGAAUCACCCUAUGCUACGCUGAGCACCGAGGGAAGACCAGGGAUGAAGCCGAGAUGGAGUAUUUAAAAAUAGCUCAGGAUUUGGAGAUGUACGGGAUCAAUUACUUUUUUAUUCGGAAUAAAAAGGGGACGGACCUGCUGCUUGGUGUCGAUGCUCUGGGCCUGCACAUUUACGAGCCGGAGAAUAAGCUGACACCUAAAAUCUCUUUCCCUUGGAACGAGAUCCGCAACAUCUCCUACAGCGACAAGGAGUUUGCUAUUAAACCUCUGGAUAAGAAAGCAGAUGUGUUCAAAUUUAAUUCCUCCAGACUGAAGGUGAAUAAGUUGAUUCUACAGCUGUGCAUCGGGAACCACGACCUUUUCAUGAGGAGGCGCAGAGUGGAUUCACUGGAGGUGCAGCAGAUGAAGUCUCAGGCCAGAGAAGAGAAAGCUCGCAAACAGAUGGAGAGGCAGAGGCUGGAGAGAGAGAAACACUUGCGUGAGGAAGCUGAGCGAGCGAGGGACGAGUUAGAGCGAAGACUCCUCCAUCUACAGGACGAAGCUUUUCUGGCCAACGAAGCUCUGCUGCGUUCAGAGGAGACGGCUGAUCUGCUAGCAGAGAAAGCUCAGAUCGCUGAGGAAGAGGCCAAACUGUUGGCUCAGAAGGCAGCCGAGGCAGAGCAGGAGAUCCAGCGGAUUAAAGUACGUCUUAAUAUCAAGCUUCUAGAUUUCACUCAGCGGCUCACUGCUAACAAGCUGGAAGAUUAAAUCUGAUUAAUUAUA